AGUUAAAAAGGAGAAAAGUGGCCACCUCUAGCCUGUAAUUAAUAAUGCUGACUUACAAGAAAAACUGACAAUUUGCAAGAACAAUUCAGUUGCCCUACCUGAAUUGAUUGAAGUUUUCAAAAAAACCUGCCACCUUAGAAUCUUGCUUUUCGGGAAAGGUCCAAAGGAUAUUGCAAAAUAUACCACCACCUACCCAGCUUUAUCUAAGCCAGAUGGUCAUUAUUUGAUUGAGAAGGAUUUUGACAUAGUUUAUCCGGGGAAACGCAACAAUUUUCUACGAAUUGGCCCGAAUUCGGACGCAAGAUUUUUGACCAUGUAUAUUCCAUUGUAGCGCGUGGUGACAACAAGAGUUUAAAAAUAAACUGCUCUUCGUUAAACACCGACCUAAACAUCGAUGACGAUGAGAAGAAAAUUUUGAAUGCGCUGUUCCUCCUGCCGCUUUUGUUACCUUCUCUAACAGUUCAGAAAAAAUGGAAACCGUCACGCAUUGAAGUUUCUGAAGCUUUCUACCUUUCUGUUGAAACAAUUGAAGAGGCCCAGGAAAAAUUAGCUGAAAGAACUAAACGGCUUCAAAAACAUGGCUUGCCGGAGCUGCCAACACCGGUUGCGGUCGGGCAUAAAUACUAUGUCGUUGUAGCUGAUCAUUUUUGGGAGUGCGAUUCGGCGCUUAAAGCAAUUGACAGUUGCUGCAAACUUCUCAUGCUUCUCAAAGUUCUGCCUCAGGAUUGUGGUUAUCCUUUCUUAUUCCUGAAAUUCUUCCUUUACAAAAUUGAUGUAGAAUCGCAUGUGGGUUACCCGGCUCUAUCUACAUUGAAAAAUGAUCUUAGAAUGUAAUUUCACCUCCUAGAAACUUGUCCUCCUCUAGCAAAGUAUUGCUAAAUUACCCAUACUUUUUCAAUAUGAUUCCUUGCUGUGAAUGUAAUUGCUCAUUCAACACGCUGACAGACUUACUGAAGCAUUUCAAAGAGAUAGGCCUAAAAUCAUCCAUUGACCCGGUUGAAGAAUAUUGGGGGGUCAGGAACCUUACAGGAACCGCAGGAGACAAAAUACUCACUUUUGGGUGGGAAUAAACUUUUCUUAUUUGGAUGAAACGAAAAACUCAACGAUCACAAUACAAGCUCUUUUUCAACAACUUCUAGGUUAACAUUUUUUUACAAAAAAAGCUCCUCCCUUUCCGAAGCUCCAUCAGCUGAUGCCGAUCGGGGCACACCGGUGACGUGCAAGUAUAAGUUCUGUUGCCGCUCUUUCACCAACAUACGACAUUUCAAAAAACAUUUUGAAGAUGUUCAUAAUGAAGACCUCCUCCUAAAUGAUAAAAGAUGCUCAAGUGAGGCAUGUUUACCUCUGUCUAUAAAUGGAAUUUUGAAUGUCAAUGUAGACAUUCUUGAUGAAACUUCUGUUCAAGUAGAAAAUCCUGCUUUAGUAAAUAAUGUUGCUCAGAUGAACGAUCUGUCCGUGUCUACAUCCUUGGUAGAAGAAUCUUCGAUUCUCUGUAAUGACUCUCAAGUUAGUGAAAAUAAUUUGUGUAAUUAUGAAAAAGACUGGGAAGAACAAGUACUGACGUUCUUUCGUACUUUGUACAGAUCUCCAGCAAUCCCACUUUCUCACUCUCAAUUAACAGUUGAAAUGAUCUCUCAGUUGGUUUCAAAUAUUAUAAGCAAAAAAUAAUGAGUUUAAGUCCUGAAAUUGAAGCCGGAAAUUUUACAGGCUUUGUUUAUGGUAUGAAGGAGACUUUUGAUUUUGUCGAGAAAACUUUAAGUGACUAUAAGACCAGUUAUCGCUCUGAAAAUGUUUUUAAGAAAGAGGGAUUUUACAUACCUCCACAAGUAAUAACUCUGGGAUUCAUCAAGAAACGAAAAAAAUUCCAAAAAAGGUUUUGUGUCACACAAGUGAAAGCAACUAGUUGUCUUAUCCCCCUAAGGCUCGUUUUACAAAAAUUAUUUGAGCAAAAUAAUAUCCUUCCCGGUAUACUUGAAUAUAUGGAGUCUUUAAAGUCUGAGAAUCGUUGCAUGGUGAAUGUCGUCCAGGGUGAACGUUGGAAAAAGAAUGGGUGCCAUCUAAGUGGUAGGGUAGUUUUGCCUCUUUUUCUCUUCAACGAUUGCAUAGAAGUGGGAAAUGCGUUGGGAGGGCAUUCUGGAGUUCAGAAAAUUAAUGUGACUUAUUGCAGCAUUCCAACCUUUUCACCAGAAGUCAAAUCUUCCUUGAGUCACAUCUUUGUAACGCUUUUAACAAAGUCUUCUAAUUUGAAAAAAUUUGGCAACAGGAAACUUUUCGAACCUGUCAAGGAAGACCUUGGCAUACUCCACUCUAAAGGAAUUACCUCAAAAUUACCGAAUGGUAAAGAUAUCAAUGUUUAUUUUCAGCUUAUUACCUUGAUAGGAGAUAAUUUAGGCCUCAAUUGUAUUGGAGGCUUCUCUCAAAACUUUUCCACAAGUAAUUAUUUUUGUCAUAUUUGCAAAGCGCAUAAAGAUGAAGUUAAAUACCUCGUAAGAGAGGCUGAACAUCUACUUCGCACUGUUCCAAAUUAUCGGAGUGAUCUGAUGAAAAACAAUUCUCGCAAUACUGGUAUUAAAGAAAGAUGCAUUCUUAAUGAUCUUCCUAACUUCCACAUCAUUCUUUCCUGUGCAGUCGACCCAAUGCACAAUAUCUAUGAGGGUAUUGCCCAGUACGAUUCAACAUAAACAUCUUGAUUAAACAUAACAUAAACAUAACC